UUGUGAGAGCGCACCGACACAACGACUAAAGGCAGACAGACAGCGUGUUGAGGCUCUUUAUGCUUUAUAUAGAUCAUGUUACAAAAUAAAUCUCGGAAUGCGAUGAAUGACGAGAGGAUUCAAGUGGAUGUCGUCAAUAGAUGUUGAACCAGUUGUGCGUAAAAAGCGAAAAUGGCACGGGAUUGAAAUCCUUCCUCCUGACAUCGGAUGUGAUUUGAGACAGUUUGCAAAUCGGCACAUGCGUUUGAAGCAAGAAUGAAUGGAAGAUGUUCACUACCGAGACUAAGGAAGUCAUUCUAUUGUUCACUGCUGGCACUAUGUCUACUGCUGCUGGUCAGUGUGGAGUACAGCAACAUCACUGAGCCUCUACCCCCCCAAGCAGCUUUACAUGGCAUCCAGGCAUAUCAAAAGUACAAUAUUAGCUGUCCGGCUAUUUAUGACAUGGACCCAGUGGAGGUGGGUAAAUCACUUGUCAUCAGACGGGAAGUUGUGGAGGACAAUGAUGAAAGUCUGAUUAACCUCACCUCAAACUGCCUAUCAUUCAUCAAAGCCAGAGGUUAUGAUGUUGUUCAAGUCUCACAGCAGGAGAGAGACUUUCCUCUUGCUUACUCAAUUGUGGUGCAUACAUCUGCAUUGAUGAUAGAGAGACUCAUCAAAGUGGUGUACUCACCCAGUAACAUCUACUGUAUCCACUAUGAUCAGAAGUCCUUAGAACAGUUCAUCUCAGCCGUGGAAGGUUUAGCCCGCUGUCUGCCUAAUGUCUUCAUAGCCUCCAAGCGAGAAACCGUCUUUUACGCCGGCAUCAGUCGAUUGAAAGCAGAUCUCAACUGUCUCUCUGACCUUUUGAAGUCGGAAGUCCAGUGGAAGUAUGUCAUCAACCUCUGUGGCCAAGAUUUCCCCCUCAGGUCCAACUUUGAGAUAGUGUCAGAACUGAAGAGGUUAAAUGGGGCCAAUAUGCUAGAGACAAGCCGGCCCAGUGAGAGCAAGAAGCAAAGGUUCACCUUAAGCUACAAACUGAUGGAUUUCAAAAAUGAGUUAAAAAAACUUCCAAUGAAAACAGAGCAGAAGAAGACGCCACCUCCACACGGCAUCGAGAUGUUCAUCGGAAGUGCUUACUUUGUCUUGUCACGGGAGUUUAUUGUGCACAUAGACUCCUCAGCUGUGGUGAAGGAUUUCCUGGCCUGGUCAGAGGACACCUACUCUCCAGACGAACACUUCUGGGCAACCCUUGUGCGCCUGCCAGGUGUUCCUGGAGAGGUGCCCAGAUACCAGCCCGACAUCACUGACCUCAUGAGUAAGGCCAGGCUGGUGAAGUGGCAGUACCUGGAGGAAGAACUGUACCCACAAUGCUCGGGGAAACACGUCCGCAGCGUUUGCAUUUUUGGUGCAGGCGAGUUGCGUUGGUUACUCAACUAUGGUCACUGGUUCGCCAAUAAGUUUGACCCAAAGGUGGACCCAAUUGUUAUUCAGUGCCUUGAGGAGAUGCUGGAGGAAAACAGUUAUUUAAAUCAGCAACAUCUCCUUCCCAACAUAAGGGUUAACCAAAGCUAAGUAUAUGAAAAAACAGAUGCUUUAAAGAGGACCUAUCAUGCAAAAUGCACUUUUGUACAUCUUUUAUACAUGGGCUGCAACGGAUCUGAUACAGACUGAUACAGAUUUGAAAUUGUUCUGACAUCAGAAACGGGCAGCUCCGCAUUUUCAAAGUGCAUCUUUAAAAGCCAACAUGUCUCCUAAACAAGAAUACAUCUUUACUUCAGUCCCAACACUUUUUUCCUCAUGUGCCCAGUGUGAGAAAAUGAGAAGGAACCUUUCACAUGUUCCUGUUACUCAGGAAAACCCAGAGAGUUCACAUUUAUUUUUCUAGUACUCUCUAUAGAACAGAUUGUCAUGUUGAGUAUGUACUACUGUAUAUGUGCCAUUCUGGGGGUGAGGUACAGUAAGAAGAACAAAAAGAGCAUAAGGUUGAAUAACUUGGUUAAGGAAAUGGGAGUGCUAACAAAUCCUCAGUCGUUUCAACAUAUUGCAGACAAACAAGUAUGAAAGUGAUGCUUUACAUAUUCAUAUAAUAGUGUGGUGUACAGGGUGUAUUUGCCUAUAAAAAAGUUUGCAGUCUCUUUGUCGUUUGAUAUGUAGUUAAUCUAUGUAUUUAUCUGUCUAUUUUGUUAUGUCAUUAAAUAAUUUCUGAAAAUGCAAAUAAUAAAAAGAUAAAUACAAGUUUUCAAACAUAUUUUACAUUAGAGAUUAAAAUUCACACUUAUUUUGAGACAUGUACAUAUGCUCUGUUUUGAUUAAGAACUUGUGCUUUACUUCUGUGAAUUCAAUAAAUGUAUAGUGAACACUGAAAAAGCCUCUCAUUUAACCUUUUUCAUUCAUGGUUUUUCAUGACUGAGGUAUUUCUACUCAGAGCACUGACUAAAGGUUAUCUGAAAGUCUUCAAAUGAGCGAGAACAUUUGAAAGAUGCACAGGGAAGGAAAAAUAGACUCACGUUUUGCACGAGUCAUCUGUGUUUCACUUCACUGUUACUUUCUUUCCUCUUUUAACUUUGGUCGCAGGGUGUCAUUUUUAUUUCAUGAGCAAUACGUUUGCACUGUUUUUGUUAAGGUUCACUUUUAAUAAAGACUGCUGAUCAAAAGUU